AUGAAGACAUUAUGCAAUAAAAAAAACUGUCUUGACAGGUUCGCACGCGUACUGAAGCUGAGCAAUGACCCGAGUCCCGGCUACAACAUCGAGCAACUCGCGAAGGACGGUCGCCGCUUCCUGCCGCUGCCGUACGCCGUCAAGGGCAUGGACGUGUCGUUCUCGGGCCUGCUGUCCUUCAUCGAAGAGCGAGCGCCGCCGCUGCUCGCGUCGCGCGAGUACACGCCGGCCGACCUCUGCUUCUCGCUGCAGGAGACGGUGUUUGCGAUGCUGGUCGAGAUAACGGAGCGCGCGAUGGCGCACUGCGGCUCGGACGAGGUGAUGAUCGUCGGCGGCGUCGGCUGCAAUCGCCGGCUGCAGGACAUGAUGGUGAGGAUGGCGGAGGAGAGAGGCGCGAAGGUGUUCGCGACCGACGAGCGGUUUUGCAUUGACAACGGAGCGAUGAUCGCGCAGGCUGGGUGGGAGAUGUACCGUAUGGGGCAGACGACUCCGCUGACAGAAACUACGUGCACCCAGCGGUACAGGACUGAUGAAGUUGAGGUGACGUGGAGGAAUUAGAGACAUGAGUGUGAUGAAUGUGUGCGUGGAACUCAAACGCAGCUGCAUUUAAGCUUCUGUUGCGAGUGCAAGGAUUCUACUGAUUUCUUUCCAUUGAUGCAGUGUGUGCCUGGCUAUAGUGCAUGUGCGUUCGUCAUCGUCACUCACGAAUAUCACCUUAAAAUGAAGUCAAAUUUACAAAAACCAAAUAUAGUGUAAACUAUCUGAAAAAAAUGGUAUCCAGGUGAACUCAACUAAUAGUUACUUUGUGUUACUGAGCAGAAAUAGAUAGUUUACCAUGUAAAUCAUGUUCUCUUGUGUUCGCCUAAAGUGCUCUGUUCUGAAAUAUUUAUAUUUUUUGGAAUGUUUCUAUAGUAAAAUUAUGAUAAAUAGACACGAAAUGUAUUUACUA